AUGUCGAAGGAGGAGGCCGAGCGACACCGGGAGUCUCGGGUAUCGGAACAGCGUUCGUCUUCCGUUGAAAGGACAAUGCAGGCGGCUGAGAAAGAGGCGGCUAAAGAUGUGACAAUAGCUAACCCCCGAACGUUGUCGACUGUGCGGGAUCCGGCCGACCCCAGCGGCAGUGUCCCUGCAUCGACGCUACCCAUUGUGGACGAGGCCGGCGAGGCCAGCAGUGUUGGCGGUCAAAGUCAACACAGCCGACAAGGCCCGUCGCCAGUACCAGAGAAAGAUCUACCGCCGUUGCCUAACCAUCCCCCCAACCAUCAUCACCACGCUUUUGGUUUCGGCGGGAAAGGCAAGGCGGUGGCUUAG